AUGUAUCCUUUCAGAGAACGGAUUAUAGCGGUAGUUAUUUAUUUUUGCUCUGGUGUUAUUCCAUUAGAUAGAAUCUGUUCUGUAUUCGCAACUCAAAAAGGUCAUUUAAAGGAUAAAGAUGAUAGUAUUAGGCGAAAAAAGCAUCAAAUUGAAUUAGCGAUACAGAAACAACAUGAUGACUUGGCUCACUUUUCUGACGAUAGAGGAUUAUUUAAAGAAAAGAUAAAAAGUUAUCACAUGAUACCAAAUGUUGAAAAGCAAGCUGAAGAUCAUGUAACAGCCAUUACCUUUGAGACUUUAAAGGCUGAAGAACCAGCAACAUUAUUUACAUCAAUGUUUGAUAGUAAUGAUGAUAAUAAAAUGAUUCCGAAGCCAAUUGUAUCAGCAGCAGCAAUAGCACUACCAGCAACCAAUAUUACCGGCACAGUCACCACCAACGGUUAG